UGUAUGCCUCUGCUCAUGAAUUGAUAUUUGCUUGAAGUGCUUACACUGAAAGUACAAUAACAGAAUGUAAGGGGUAACAACAAAAACAAACGUAUAGCUUACACCAGGGGUGUAAGAGACUAAAAAUAGCAAUAGAUGAGAACAGGAAGUCUGUGUGGAGUGAAUGUUCUCUGCAUUAUUUUCCACUGAGGUUUGACUAGUGCUCUGUCUAACUAUAAUGAUUGAAAUCCUAUUCACUAUCACAAUGAUGAAUCUCUGAUCAAAUAACUAACUUUGUUCUUUGGAUUACAACACUAAGCCUUGUAUCUGAAUUGUGAUGGUCUUUGUUUUUCCCUUUUUGUCAUUUCAGCCUUAACAGCCUACACAUACCUCACCAUCUUCGACCUCUUUAGUUUGAUCACCUGUCUCAUCAGCUCCUGGGUGACCAUGAAGAAACCCAGCCAGGUCUACUCAUUCGGGUUUGAGAGACUGGAGGUCUUGGCAGUUUUUGCCUCCACUGUUCUCGUCCAACUGGGGGCCUUGUUCAUCCUGAAAGAGAGUGUGGAGCGCUUCAUGGAGCAGCCUGAGGUCCAUACUGGUCGUCUGUUGGUCGGGACAUUCGUCGCUCUGUUCUUCAACCUGUUGACUUUGCUGUCUGUCAGGAACAAACCAUUCGCCUACGUCUCAGAAGCGGCCAGCAGCAGUUGGCUUCAGGAACAUGUGGCAGAUCUGAGCAGAAGGUAAAAACAUGGACGUCAGUCUCUCAUCUUUCCCGUUUCUGUUUUU